UUGUACAUAUUUAGUGUACAUAAUUUUUCCUAGUCAAGAAAGUGGCGAAAAUAUAAUUUGAUGAGUUUUGACACACAUAUACAUCUGUAAAACCAUGACCACAGUUAAGACAGUAAACGUGUUUAUUACCCAAGUGUUUUCCAUACCCCUUUGUAAUUCCUCCCUCACCUUUUGUCUCCCUCCCCCAUCCGUCUGCAACCACUGGUCUGCUUUCUAUCAGGGUAGAUUUGUUUGAUGAAACUGAAUUUUAAAUUUAUUUUUAUUUCCGUAGAAACUGGACCAGGAUCUUAAUGAAGUCAAAGCUCGAGUAGAAGAACUGGAUAGAAAAUAUUACGAAGUAAAAAAUAAGAAAGAUGAAUUACAAAGUGAAAGAAACUACUUGUGGAGAGAAGAGAAUGCAGAACAGCAAGCACUUGCUGCCAAAAGAGAAGAUCUUGAAAAGAAGCAACAACUUCUUAGAGCGGCAACGGGAAAGGCCAUUUUAAAUGGAAUAGACAGCAUAAACAAAGUGCUAGACCACUUUCGUCGAAAAGGAAUAAACCAGCAUGUUCAAAAUGGCUAUCAUGGCAUUGUGAUGAAUAACUUUGAAUGUGAACCAGCUUUCUACACAUGCGUGGAAGUCACUGCUGGAAACAGGUUAUUUUAUCACAUUGUUGAUUCAGAUGAAGUCAGCACGAAGAUUUUAAUGGAGUUUAAUAAAAUGAAUCUUCCUGGAGAGGUUACUUUUCUGCCUCUUAACAAGUUAGAUGUCAGGGAUACUGCCUAUCCUGAAACCAAUGAUGCUAUUCCUAUGAUCAGCAAACUGAGGUACAAUUCCAGAUUCGACAAAGCUUUCAAACAUGUUUUUGGAAAGACUCUUAUUUGUCGUAGCAUGGAAGUUUCAACCCAGCUGGCCCGUGCUUUCACUAUGGACUGUAUUACUUUGGAAGGUUUGUAAUACUAAUUCUUAGCU